UUCUACCAUUAUCAGUUCAUCACACUUUCCAAUCAAGAAAACUAAACGCUAAAAUGAAACUGACAAUUAUCUUCGUCCUCGCCUUAACUGCAUUGCUUGCACUUGCUGGCCAAGCAGAGGGCAAAAAUUUCUUUAAGCAACUGGAGAAAGUGGGGCAGAAUGUCCGCAAUGCAGCUGAAAGAAGUCUUCCCACAGUGGUUGGAUAUGCGGCAGUCGCAAAACAAGUCGGAAAAUAAACCAAAUGGCACUGUUAUUAAAAAUUCAUUUUGUG